AUGAAGUACUCUACUUUAGCUCUCGGCCUCGUAUCUUCCUUCGGCUUAGCAUGGAUCAACACAGUCCAAGCUAACAUUUCAUUGACCAUUCGACAAGACAUAGCUGGCAAUGUCAGUUUUCCCACAUUGUACGGAUACAUGUAUGAGGACAUCAAUCAUUCUGGCGAUGGAGGCAUCUACGCUGAAAUGAUCAGGAAUAGAGCUUUUCAAAUGAAUGACACCGGUGGCGCUCCUGAUUUGGCACACUACUCAUCUGUCAAUGGUGGCGGUUCUUCAUCCACUAUCAAGCUCGACAGUGCGGUGCCUCUCAAUGAUGUGCUUACUCAUACCUUACGGCUGGAUAUUACCCAGGUUAAACAAGGUGGUAGAGCAGGAUUCUCCAACGAAGGCUGGGAAGGCAUAAGGAUCCAGCCUGGCGAAAAAUACAUGGCCUCAUUCUUUGCAAAAUCUAGUAAAUACACUGGCCCAUUGACAGUUUCCAUUGAAUCAUCUUCUGGUACUGUGCUUGCAAAGGCGACCGUACCAUCUAUCGGCUCAAGCUUCAAGAAAUAUACUAUCGAGCUAGCUCCAUCUGUGAAAACUACCACGACUGAUAAUGUCUUUGUCAUCAGUACCUCCUCCACCAAUGCUUCAGGCUCCAUCUGGUUUGAUGUCAUCUCACUUUUCCCUCCUACAUUCAAAAACAGGGCAAACGGCUUACGCACCGAUCUCGGACAGAUUCUGGCAGACACCAAGCCUUCAUUCUUCCGUUUCCCUGGAGGAAACAAUAUUGAGGGUGUUAACGCUCAAUCAAGAUGGAAGUGGAAUGAAACCAUAGGUCCUAUUGAAACUCGCCCUGGUCGCCUUGGAGAUUGGGGAUACAUGAACACAGAUGGCCAAGGGCUUCUAGAAUACUUGGAAAUGUGCGAAGAUCUUAACAUGGAACCUGUUCUGGCUGUCUGGGCGGGUUAUUCCUUAGAUCAGAAGAGCAUUGCAGAAGCUGACCUUGGUCCUUAUGUGCAAGAUACGCUCAAUGAACUGGAGUAUGUCAUGGGCUCUACCAAAACAAAGUAUGGCGCACUUCGUGCAAGCCAUGGCCACGCAGAACCUUUUGACCUCAAAUACGUUGAAGUCGGUAACGAGGACUUCUUCAGUACCACUUAUGAUUAUCGGUACAAAGCCUGGUAUACUGCUAUCAAGAAAGCUUAUCCUAAACUUCAAAUCAUCGCCACUGGUGGUGAAACUUCUUCGCCCAUGGAGACUUUAGAUGACCAUUACUAUCUGAGUGGGCCAGAUAUGGUUGCUGAUUACAACAAGUACGACAACCACCCAAGAAACGGCACCACCAUCAUGGUUGGUGAAUAUGCUACCAACAUUAAUGGAUGCUGUGGCACAUCACCAGCCAACGUGCAAGCUGCCGUAGCCGAUGCUGUGUUUGCUUCUGGAUUAGAGCGUAAUUCCGACCUUGUUCAAUUUGCCGCUUAUGCCCCAACUUUCACUCGCGACGGCCAAGCUCAGUGGAACCCAGAUCUCAUUGGAUUCAAUACUGAGCAGGUAUGGGGAACUCCGUCUUAUUACGUGCAGCAAAUGUGGUCUGCCAAUCGUGCCGAUAUGAUUCUUCAAGUCGAUGCUGCUAAUGGCAACCUUGGUCCUUUGUACUGGGUGGCAGGUUCCAAAAAUUCAACAAAGCAAGUGUUCCUGAAGGUGGCCAAUUACGGCAGCUCGUCUCAAACCGCCUCCAUCAACCUCAAAGGUAGUCGUGUACACAGCCAAGGUGUAUCGAUUGUGUUAAGCGGUGGCGUCAAUGACACCAAUAGCGCUGCCUCACCCAAAAAUGUGGUGCCCAAAACAUCCACUUUCAAUAUCGCUGGCGGAAAUACCUUCAAUUUCACUUUCCCUGCCUGGUCCGCCAGUGUUUUGUUGUUGCAUAACAUGUAG